GGUGUGUUUGAGGGUGUGUGUGUUAGAGAGAGAGAGAGAGAAAGAGAGAGAGAGCAGUGGUGGGUUGGGCUGCAGGAUCUGUGGAUGACUCCAGUCUCAAGUGUCACAGAGAGCAAAGAGUCUUCAGGACAAACUGGUUUUAGUGGAAGAAGAAGAAGAAGCUGAACCUCUCCUCUGCUCAGGACUACAUUUGACUUUCUUCACUUUUAAAACAAACACACUAAAAAGAGAGCGAGAGCCUGAAGCUGCUGCAGCUGGUUGAAUAAACCUGAAGGAGGAAAGUCCAUCAACAAGAGACAAGAAGAACCAAAUUAAGUGUGGGAUAUAUUUGUUUGGUUUGAGAUCCAGAGGAAGAGAAGAAGAAAGACCAAGUGACACAAGAAAGGAAGGAGAGGGAUUUCAUCGUGAGAACCAGGAGAGGAUGUUGGAGCGUGCUGCAUCACCUCGGACGCAAAGAGAAGGAAAUAUAAGGAUGCAAAUAAAGAUUGAGUAAUCGAAGAAGAUCAUACGUUUCUGGAAGGAGGAACAAAUAAAAAAGCGACAGAAGACAAAGAUUUUCUUGUUGGAUUGAUGAUAAAAGAUGCUGUUGGCUGAUUUUUAACUCGAGUCCAGGAAGAGAAACAAUUCCAAAUAGGAAGGAAAGUGAUUUAUUCAAGGGAUUCAUUUUUAAGAGAACGGGGAAAAGUCAAAGAAAGGAUAGUUACCAAGGAGCAGGACAAGUUUGAAGCCACACCAAAAGAGUCAGAGGAGCUUUAGCCAGGCAGGUGUGAAGAGUCCAAAAAUUAAUUAACAGAAAACAGGUGACAAGUGAGAAACAGCUGACAAGAAAGUGUCAAAUCUCAGCAGAAAUAAGUUGCAGAUGAGAUCCAAUCAAAGGGCAUAACGUGAGAAAAGGAUGAACUGAGAGGAAAAGCAAAAGUGAGAAGAGAACAAAUCACCAGAAGAGAAAAGACAAGAGAGACAGAAGACACAGAAAGUGAAGAUUAAAGGAGGAAAGGUGAAAGUAGAAAGUGAAGAAUCAGAGGCAUCCAGGUGUGAACAUGAGGCUCCUGGUGCUCCUCGCAGUUCCUCUCUCCAUCCUCGUCCUCCACACGGCGGCCGCAGCCUCCGCAGGCGGCAUGGCCCCGGGCCGGCUGGAGCGCUGGGUCCGCUCUGGCCUCCAGUCGCUGCAGUGGGACCAGCUGGACCGCUGCCUCCGCAUGUCCUCACUCUCUGAGGCCGAGUGCAGGCGGCUGGCCCACCUGCCGAUGUCCGCCGUGGCUGUGUACGUGUCGGAGCCACGGGCCGCAGCAGGUAGUUCAGACAAAGUUCUCUCCAUCCUGCCGGACUCCUCAGGCGGGUUGAUGAGCUCCAAGUCUCGGGGCGGUUACAGCAUCAGCCAGGUGCUGAACGGAGGGGAUGGUGCCCACAGGUACCAGCAGGCUUUUCCCGGCCUCACCGCCCAUGAUGCAGUGCUGGUGUUGGAUCCGAGUCCCGGGGAGAACUUUGGGCACCCGGUGGUCCUCUUCUAUGUGGACGUGAAUGUGACGAAGAAGAGAUGCUCCCACAUGGACGGCAUCUACCUGGGUGAGGAGUGUUUGACCCUGGCUCUGAAGGGUCGUUGUCAGAACCAGCUAAAGCGUAGACAAGCCAGUCCGGACAGGAUUAUCGGUAAUGCACACGGUCGGCUGGGAGGCGUUGCACUGCGCGGUGGUACCAUCACAACCAGCAGCGGCAGUCGUCUGCUGGACCGUGCCAUUGGAGGACUCUGCGAAGUCCACUUUCUGCCACUGGUGAUCGGAGUCGGGGACAGUAACCGAACGCAGAGACUCAGAUGUGUCGAACAUGCAGAGUUUGCGAGGUGCCCUCAGCCUCUACCAAUGGUCUCUCCCAGUUUGCCCAUGUCCAGCUGUGAGCUGAAUAAAAACACCAGACGGUGUCACCAGCAACCACUGGCCACACACCUCUCCUGUCGACUGUACCAGACCUGUGACCACGCUGUGCUUCUCUCAGGUGGUUGGCAGCAGCAGAUGACGUUCCAGCGCCAUGUUCAGAACCUACAAAGGUUUUACCGAAUGCUGCAGAACAACGGCUUCCAUAAAGAUCACAUCAAGACCUUCUUUGCAGGCAGUGGACAGCUUCCUGAGGACAUGGAGGGCGUGUACUCAGCAACGGAGAAAGCGCUCAUUCGUAACCACGUGUCAUACGUGUGCAGGAAGCAGCACUGCGCCGACACGUUGGUUCUCUACCUGAACUCACCGACACGCAACGAUGGCACCAUGCUGCUGUGGGACGCCAACCUCAACGGCAUUGCUGAUCUGAAAGAAAGAUACUCGGUGAACGAGCUCCUCACCGACCUGGCCGGCUGCAAGGCGACUCGUGUUUUGCUGUUUGUUGAUCAGAGCUACAGCGGGGUCCUCUCCAAGAGGCUGCGGGGGUCCCAGAAACACACCAACGUGGUUCUCAUCCAGAGCCAGACACGGCAGACCCACCAGAGGUCGAACCCGGGCUGGGAGGACAGCAGCUGGUCCUACAUCAGCCCGGCAACCUGCCUGCUGGACCACCUGGGAAAGGGUUCUGGGAUGUCUCGCCUCCUGGAGCCAUGGGCUGGCCUUUUAAACGUGACGUUGGCGGGGGCGCCCUGCAACGCCACGCCUCCUCUGACGGACAACGAGAUGCGGCGAGAGUACCAGGGCUGCCAGAACCUGCCGACUGCUCUCUGGCACCAGAAACACCGGAGGACCAACUGAGAGAGGGAGAGAGACACACUGAGAUGGACUGGAAAGAGAGAGAGAGAGAGAGAGAGAGAGAGAGAGAGAGAGAGAGAGAGAGAAACAAA